CUCGUUAGCUCUAUAAGCAGGGUAUCAUAUCCCCUCCGAACUGCAUCUUGAGAGUUUUUUUCUUCUUCUUUUGUUCCUUCUCCCCGUCAUGCAGGCUGGGCCAGCUCAAAUCUCGACCUAAUUAAUCUUAUCUACGGCCGUGGCUCUCUCGGGAAUCGCCACUACCACCUUGCUCGAGAGCAACAACUCAAGGCUUCUGCCAAACUCUCCAGCCCAAGCAGACUGACCUCAGCAUGGCCGCUUCCAUGCAGGACGAAGAGAAGGCCAUGAGAGCUUCGCUCUCUGCCCCCUCCUCUUCAGCAGAGACCAACAAAUUUUCAAAAUUCACUCUCAAGCUGCUCGAGAAGCGAGGUAUCGAGAGAGUGCCUGAGACGGAACGGCAUAGUUCCGUGACGACGGCCGACUAUCUCAAAAUGGGCGUUCUGUGGUUCUCGACCAGCAUCACGGCGAACAACGUCGCCGUCGGCAUGUACGGCCCGUUGGGAUACUCGCUGAGCUUUGUGGACUCGGCCCUCUGUGCCACAUUUGGGUCUUUCUUGGGGGCUGCGGGGGUGGCAUACAUGGCGACCUUUGGACCGCAAAGUGGCAAUCGGACGAUGGUCGUUGCGAGAUACUUCAUGGGCUAUUAUCCCAGCAAGAUCGCCUGUCUGUUGAACAUCAUCAUUAUGCUUGGGUAUGGAAUGAUCGACUGUUUGGUCGGUGGUCAGAUCUUGGCUGCGGUGGCCGAUGGGAAGAUGACUGUCGUCGUUGGCAUCAUCAUUGUCGCCAUCAUCACCUGGUUGGUCGUCGUAUUCGGUAUGAAGCCGUUCCACGCCUACGAACGAUGGGCCUGGGCGCCACAACUGGUCGCCAUGUUCGUGCUGGUCGGCUGCGCCGGCCCCAAAUUCGACACCUCGCUCGUGUCGAGCGGCAACACGGCGACCCUGAGCGCGGACCGGCUGACCUUCUUCUCGCUGUGCCUCUCGAGCUCGGUCGCGUGGGCGCCCGCGGGCGCCGACUUCUUCGUCUACUUCCCCCCGACGACCUCCAAGUGGAAGACCUUCGUGUCCGUCCUCUUCGGCCUGGGCCUGUCCCUGACCUUCGCGAACCUGAUGGGCGUGGGCCUCGCCUCGGGCACCCUCACAAACCCGGCGUGGGCGGAGGCCUACGACACGUCCUCGGGGGCGCUGAUCCUAGCCGGCUACGACGGGCUAGGCGGGUUCGGCAAGUUCCUGGGGGUGAUCAUCGCGCUGGGGCUGAUCUCCAACAACAUCCCCGGGACGUACUCGGCGACGCUGGGCUUCCAGAUCAUGGGGCGGCACCUGGCGCGGCUGCCGCGCUGGUCGCUCGCCUGCGUCAGCACGAUCAUCUACACCGCGUGCGCCCUCGGCGGCCGCGACCACCUCUACGACAUCUUCGAGAACUUCCUCGCCCUCAUGGGCUACUGGGUCACCAUCUACCUGACCAUCGCGCUCGAAGAGCACCUGCUCUUCCGCCGUGUCCGCGGCGGCUUCGACUGGGACGCCUGGGCCGACCGCGCCAAGCUGCCCCUCGGCCUCGCCGCCCUGGCCGCCUUCCUCAUCGGCUGGGCCGGCGCCAUCGUCUGCAUGGACCAGGUCUGGUAUGUCGGCCCCAUCGCCGCGAUGGUGGGCUCCGACGGCGCCGAUCUGGGUAUCUGGGUCGGUUGCGCGUGGGCUAUGCUCGUCUACCCGCCGCUGCGGUACCUGGAGUUGAAGAAGUUUGGCCGGUGAGGUCUGCUUCCUCUGAGGCGGUCGUAUCGAGCUAGUAAACCAAAGGUUCUGUGAUAUGGUUUUCUUCUUUGUUAGGUGUUGUUGACCUGAAGUGGAGGGUGGGAUGAAGGUCCCCUGUUGGACCCUGCGGCCUGUGAAGCGAAGCGAAGGCGCUGGGGAGCAUUAGACCUGACGGUUACAUGACCCAGACAGGGCUGGGCCCCUG